AUGACAGGCACUGGUGGGAACAGGAAACAGGAAACACUUUAUGACAGCCACUGGUGGGAUGAUUUUGUCCUCUGUGCAGGUCUGUCUCACAUCAUUGAGACCCGGAAGAUUCUGGACCUGAAGAUUGACCUAAAGCCUUCAUACCUGCUGGUGCCUAAGUCUGGCUUCUACCACGCCAAGUCUGACCUGAUGAUCAUAGACUUUGGUAGUCUACAGCUGGUGAGUGUGGACCAGGGGAACCCCCAGUCUUUAUCACCCAGUUUCAGUUCCCUGGAGGAGAUUAUGGACCGUGCCUACGAGAAGUACUCACUGGAGCUACGUCAUGUCCAGGUCCUUUACAGCAAGUCAGGUGAGGAGUGGAAGACGGCCCGUCAACGUGGUUCCUCUAUACAACACAUCCUGCAGCCCAUGGACUUCAGCCUCCAGCUGGCCAAAUGCAUGGUGGAGAAGGACACCAGGAUGCCCAGAUUCAAGGUGUCUGGAGAACUGCCUCUCCUCCAUGUGAAGAUCUCAGACCAGAAGAUCCAGGGAGUGUUGGACCUGGUCAACAGCAUCCCCCUGCCCCAGAGUGAUUCCACCCCGUCCACCCCCACCCAGAAGAUGCUGUAUUUGUCUGAGGCCAGGCCCAACGUCCUGGGUUUACAGUCUACCGUCCUGCUGGAUGCAUUAGAGACAGACUCAGAUGGAGAGUCAUAUUAUAUGUCUGUGGAUGAGGAGCACCAACCCUCCGUCAUAGAGGAACUGACUGACGUACACUUCAAGUUUGAAGUCAAAGCGGAGAUAGAAGUGCUGUUGGAGUUGACGCGUCAGGCUGACCAGGAGAACACGUUGUUAGCCCUCAGUGUCUCUCAGCUGGGAGCAGAGGGCAAGAUGAGAACCUAUGACCUCACCAUCACCUCCUACCUCCGUAAAGUAGGCCUGGACUACUGUGAGAUCAGAGACUCCAAUAACCAGCCUCUGCACCUGAUCAGCUCCUCAGACAAGCACGGCUCAGACCUGCUCAAAGUGGAGUACACCAAAGCUGAUAUCAACGGGCCUAAUUUCCAGACCACGUUUGACAACACUGAGCAAAACCUGAAGGUGGAGUUGUCGUCUCUAGACUUUCUCCUCCACACCAAAGCGCUCCUCUCCACCAUCAGCUAUCUGAACACAGCCGUACCCCAGGAGCUGACAGCCUCCAAGGACAGAGAGGCCAAGAAACAGGUGGAGAAGCGGAACAUCGCUGACAUCACAAUACAAGGUAUUGAUGGGUCGGUGCUGGUCCAGGCCAAAGAGACAGUGGUGUUCGCCAGGCUCAGGGACAUAGUGGUGCUGGAUGUCGACCCCAAAACCAUCCACAAAAAGGCCGUCUCCAUGGUGGCCGAGGAGGUGUUCAGCUUUCAGAUGUCCCUGUAUCCCAACGCUACGGAGGGAGAAGGUUACUCAGACACCUCCAAGGUGGACGGGAAGGUUACCAUGAGGCUGGGCUGCAUCCAGAUCGUCUAUCUGCACAAGUUCCUCAUGUCUCUACUGGUGAGGAGAACCUCAGGGAUGGGUAUCGAGAGCUGGGCUCAAUUCCAUUAUCAAUUCCAGAUCAAUUCAGGAAGUACACAGAAAUUCCAAUGA